CCCCCAACCCCUAUCUAAAUCCAAACCAAAUUGUUUCCCUUGAGAGCACAUGCACGCUCAUAUCCCCCACGACCACGAAGCCUCUUCCCUUCUCAUUAUAUACAUGCAAGCAACCCAUUAAGUAUCAAAACAGACCCCUCUAUACCAUCCUAUCCUAAUCGCUUCACCCCUCUCUCUCUCUCUCUCUCUCUCUCAACACAAUGGAGAUUGCCCACAAAGACUACCUCCUCUCCUUUCUCCUCCAACUCCUCAACCUCCUCACACUCCUCGUAUGUCUCUCCAUCGAGACCUUCAUCUUCGUCCACAAAUGCAACCCUUGGUACCACCUCCUCCCCAUUUCUCUCACCCUUCUUCUCCGCCGCGCUCUCGCGACCAGGAAACAGACCUAUCUUCUCGACUUCUCGUGCCUCAAACCCCCGCGGCGGUACCGCGUGCCAAUCGCGGGGCUUCUGGAGCACCUCUCACUCAUCAACUGCUUCGACGCCGACAGUGUCGCCUUCAUGACCAAAGUCAUCACCUCCUCCGGCAUGGGCAACGAGACCUACUUCCCCCCUUCCUUGCAUUACAUCCCGCCCUCCGCGACGCACCUCGACGCCAUGAGGGAGGUGCACAUGCUCCUCUUCCCCACCCUCGACGACCUCUUCGCCAAGACCCGCGUGCGCCCUCUCGACGUCGACGCGCUCGUCAUCAACUGCAGCGGGUUUUGCCCCUCGCCUUCGCUGUCGGCCAUCGUCGUCAACCGCUACGGCAUGCGGCACGACGUCAGGUCCUUCAACCUCUCCGGCAUGGGGUGCUCCGCGGGAGUCGUCGGCGUGGACGUGGCCAGAACUCUGCUCAGCAAUAUAAACAGGAGGUCGUACGCGAUCGUGAUGAGCACGGAGAUCGUGUCGACGGGGUGGUACAACGGGACGGACCCGCGGAAGCUGGUGCUGAACUGCUUCUUCCGGAUGGGGUGCUCGGCGGCGCUCGUCACCAACCGCGGGAAUAAGGCGGCGGCGGGGGCGGCAGGAGGGAGGCCUGCCAAGUACCGGCUUGCGCGGCUGCUGCGGACGCACGGGGCGCAGGAGGACCGCGCGUACCGGUCGGCGUCGCGGGAGGAGGACGCCGAGGGGAUCACCGGAUUCUCGGUGGAGCGCGACCUCAUGCGCGUCGCCGCCGAGUUGCUGCGCCGGCACGCGGCCGCUGUCGCCGUGUCGAUACUCCCCUGGCACGAGAAGCUGCGGUACGCCGCCGCCUACCUGCGGAAGAAGGCCGGCCGCUCCUCCGCCUGUGGCGCCUCCGAGCAGGCGCCGGCUGCUGCUGCUGCUGCUUUUUCGGCCGCGGCCGAAGAUCUCGUGCCGGACUUCCGCGCUGCAGUCAACCACUUCUGCCUGCCGGCGUCGGGGAAGCCAAUGAUCAAGAAGAUGGAUUUCAGAGAUGCUGUUUCGCAGUUCCAGCUGUCGACGUUUCGUAUUCUGGCCGUUCUCUGCGUAGGAGCGUCGGAAGUCAGCGAAACCUGGACCAUUGGAUUCGUGACUUUGAGAACGAAGACUUCGAACCCUUGUUUGCUGAAUUUGGAUAAGCAGGAGAACGGGACUUCGACAGACCAGCGAGGGAUCAUUUUUGGAUCCGGCGCCCUUCUUCGCUGCCAGGAGUUGCUUGAGAGAUGGCGAUGGGCGAUAGCAAGAGGAGGGCUCUUUCACCCUUCUCCCUGUAUCGGCAGAGAUCUAUUCUUCCGCCUGUCCUUCCUAGUCCCCUACCGCCGCCUCCUAUCCUCCUUCCUACAGAAAGGUGGAGAAAUUAUUUUUUGUGCUUCCGGAACCAUCAUAGAAUGCAACAACAGCAGUAAUGACUUUUUUGAUGUGAUCAUAUUGACUACAGCUAGUUUACUGAGAUCCCAUGUUGAAGAUAAGAUAGUAGAAAAUAUACAGAUAAUGGUGUACUUGUGGGAUGGGAAAUCGUACAAAGCGGAAGUUCUCGGAUACGACCCCUAUUUUAAUAUGGCGACUGUACGGAUUCGUUCAGAAGUUGCACUUAAAACUGCAGUACUAAGGAAGGUGGACGACUCAAUAUCGAUCAGUCCAACCGCAUAUGAUUCCAGGGAAGCUAUGGGACCAAUUCUUCGUCGACAUUCUAAAAAAUUUUGGCUUGUUCCGGGGGAUAAGGGAAUUCUGUCGGCCAUGGUUAGGAAUUGA